GAGCUUGGCAGCAGAGCCGCGGCUGCCGGCGCCAGACGCCGUGCGGCCGCGGGGAGGUCGCAGGCUGCACAAUGCGGCCAGUGGACAGCGCUCGGGCUACGGAGCUGCAGGAGCCCGGUCUGCAGCUGACAGAAGACACGCCCCCAGGUGCGAGCGAGGAGCCGACAGCCACGGAGGAAGUGGGAACACCGGACCCCCACUCCGGGUGGUGCUGGCUGUGCCGAUCCUCGCCGUGCUGCUCGCAUGCGCAGCCUGAAGCCAAGAAGAAAGCACCCUGUCCUGGACUUGGCUUGUUUUACACAUUAUUGUCUGCCUUCCUUUUCUCAGUGGGCUCUUUAUUUGUUAAAAAAGUGCAAGACAUCCAUGCUGUAGAAAUUAGUGCAUUCCGAUGUGUGUUCCAAAUGUUAGUCGUUAUCCCUUGCUUAAUAUACAGAAAAACUGGGUUCAUAGGCCCAAAAGAUCAACGGAUCUUCCUUGUUCUUAGAGGAGUCGUUGGUUCUAUCGCCAUGAUCCUUCUAUACUACGCCUACCAGACAACGUCCCUCGCGGAUGCCACGGUUAUCUCUUUUAGCUGUCCAGUGUUUACGUCUAUAUUUGCUUGCAUACUUCUCAAGGAAAAAUACAGCCUUUGGGAUGUUCUCUUCACCUCGUUCACCAUCAUUGGAGUGAUCCUCAUUGUGAGGCCGCCGUUUUUGUUUGGUCCCAACCCUGAGGUGAUGGAUAAGAGCUAUUCAGACCACCUGAAGGGCACAUUUGCAGCAGCUGGACAUGCCAUGUUUGCUGCCUUGAGUAUAGUUAUCCUCAGAAAAAUGGGGAAAUCUGUGGACUACUUUUUGAGCAUUUGGUAUUAUAUUAUUUUUGGCCUUGUGGAGACCAUCGUUGUCCUCUUUAUAUUAGGAGAGUGGAGUCUGCCAUACUGUGGGCUAGACAGGCUCUUUCUUAUACUAAUUGGGCUGUUUGGUUUGGGCGGUCAGGUGUUUCUCACCAAAGCUGUUCAAAUAGAAAAAGCAGGACUAGUAGCACUAAUGCGGACUAUGGAUGUGGUUUUUGCUUUUAUCUUUCAGAUUAUUUUCCUUAACGAUGUACCAACAUGGUGGACGGUGGGUGGUGCACUCUGUGUAGUAGCCAGUAGUGCUGGGGUGGCCCUUCGUAAAUGGUGCCAGAGUUCCAAAUGAAGCAUACUUGUUGAAAUGUGUAUUUUUUUACAAGUACACUGUCACCCAGUUCAAACAUAGCACACACCUGGAAAAUCCGCAUUUACUUCAUUGAUUAUGUUUAAUAAAUUUUAUAGCUAAAGUACCGUUUUUAAAUAUGGUUAUAUCUUCACUUAAUGAAGCAUAGCCCAUCGGUCUGGUCUAGUGAUUUUUGGUUUUGUUUUUUGUUGGGAUGGUAUUGGUAAGAGGACAAUUCAUUAGUUCAUUAAAGAAACACUGCAAACAUUUUUAUGGCUCUAAUAAAAAAAUUACACAUAUAGGUAUGUGUAAUUUUUUUAAAGUGUAUUUUUGAUAAUGAUGGAAUAUAGGUGGGGAGGAAAUUUUAGAUGACCUUUUAGCAGUGUAGAGGCUAAGAAGCUCACUGGUAAUAAUGCUGCUAUGAUUAGUAUUAGAUUGAAAAUUCAUUUGAAAUAUAAUUCCAUUUAGGAGGCCAAAGCUGAAACUUGGAAUAGGUGCCUACUUAAUGGUGUUAAUAAUACAGAUUAAUUGGCCUUAUUUUCAAGGCUGUUUUUAAUAAAUGAAUACCAUUCUUUUAACUCAUUUUGUGCCUUUUCAUUUCAGAAUUUUUACAUGUAAACUUUUGAAGCCUUUAAAUCACCAAAUUUGACUAAUAGUUUCUCUUUCAGUGGCAUUAGCAACUGUAACUAUCAUUCUACAAUUUUAAUUUUGUUUUGUUUUUUUUUAAACAGCAGUAAGUUGUUGUUGUUUUUUUUUAAAUUGUAAGAGAAAUCUUGGCGUGGCUAGUGUGUACAUUUCUAUCCUAAAGUGUUUCCCCCUCACUAAAGAUGUGAUGUUUUUUCCUAUAAAUUCCCUUUGAAUUUUUAGAGUGAUGCCAAAUAAAAUUUUUCUCAGGAUUUUAUUAGAUUGAACCAUUUGAAAUUGCUGAGAUUUUACCUAUUUAACUUACAAAAACUAUAGUUUCUUAUGGUUCACCCUAAUAGAUACCUCCCUUUCCCUCUAAGCCAAAUACUUAGAGGACUUUGGAAUAUAUAUUUUUAAAAAUAACUUUUUAAAGUAUGCUAAUACUAUUAAACUUAUUUUUAUAGUUUUUUUCUGUUAUGGAAUUAUAUAUAAUAAUGCUUAAUGUUGUAUGUUAAAUGUAAAGACCCGUGUAUUCCAUGUUGGUUGACUUUUGUGGUUUCUUGAAUAGAGAAAAAAAUCAUUGUUAAAUUCUAGUGUAUCAGUAUGGUAUUAAAUGUCAGUUCUGCACCAUGAUAUUAACAUUGUGAAUUCAAACAACAAAUUUUUUAUAUCUGGAAAUUCAGGCCAAUAUUCUGAGUUAAAAAGAGAAUUGAAUAUUUAGGAAUGCUUGGGAAUUUAAUCAGGAAUGGAGAAUACAUGCAAAUGAUUUUUUUGUCACAAUGAACCUUUUGUUGGUAAAGCUAUGAUGGUCUACAACUCUUUGUCAGACCUAGCAUCUAUAAUUAUCUUUAGCCUUCAAAUUUGAAAGAUUAUUAGUUUCUUUCUCACCCUUUCAUCAUAAUUCUUCCAAAGUAAGAAGGAACCUGCCUUCUGAAGUUUAUGUCUCAGUAAGAAAGGAUCUUCUUUAAUAGUUCCAAGAGGGAAUUUUUGGCUUAUUGAUGGUCCCAAAUGCUUCUCACCUGAGAAAUCCUAAAUGAAGUCUAUUUAGGAGAGUCACACUAUCAUAACUUUAGACUAAUUCACAAUAUUGGAGUUUAGAGUUGCGAAAGCAUCAUUUUCAAGCAUCAUAAAUAAUUACAGAAUCAGAGCAUUUAGAGCUGAAGCAUUAGUCCUUGUAGGAGACACACUACAUAGAUAGGGAUGCUAUGGAGGGGUCCUGCCCAAGAUGGGUUUUCAUGACCUUCUCCUCCCCCUUGGUUCCAUGAUAAAGUAUGGAAAGUAAACUACUGCUUGACCUACCUAAGGUGAAUUAACUCUCUGGGCACCCUCUCCCAGUUUUUUACCUUGCACAAUAAAAGAACCUUUGGGGCCUUGAAAGUUAAAAUCCCUUUGAGCCUGUAAAACUAGAGAUGUUUUAUUUCCAUAGUGUGGUUUAAAUACUUGAAUGUCAUGAUAUAUGACCAAGGUUGGAGAAGAUGUUUCUUCUUCCAACUUUUAUGCUGGAAGUGUGAUUCUUAAACACUUUUAUAAUGUCUAAGGUAUACACAAGGAUAUGUAUUGUAACAACUAUGGGUGUGUAUUUUUUGCUAAGAUUGUAGUUUCUCUAUCUUGAAAAGGGAAAUAUUUUCAUAAAUUGUUUUUAUUUUAUAAAUACUAAUAAAAUAAUAUGAAAGAAAGCUA